AUGACCACAAAUACCACAAAACUCAUGAGGAGUGCCACUCUAACCACUACUCUUUCAGUGAAUGGUGCGACAAUUGUGUUGGGUUUGCACGUACCAAGAUCAUUUCACACGAGAAGGCCUAGCAUUACCAGCGCCUGUACCAACACUUACGAGCCGUUGGACACCAAUGUCUUAAACGAUGAGAAGUGUUGGAAGACAUGUGGAAAAUGCAAAUACUGUAAUGCAUUGCUCUCCAAGUUGUUUGUAUUAUCGGCGCCAAUCAGACACAGCUAUAUAUUUAACAAAACGACUACAACUGACACAAAACUACAUGUUUUUAACGAAGAGCUCACGGAAAAGAAUUCCGAUUCAUGUCCUGAAACACAUACAAAAAGCAUUGGGUUUGCAAUAAAUGCCAAAUCGGAUCCAAUCGAUGAUAUAUGCAAAGAGUUGCAAAAUGCCUCCGUUCAGUACGUCGAUCGACUCAACCAUUUGUUAGGUCUGUCUCUCGUCGAGACAGAUCCGGAUGAGGCGAUGAAGUGCUGGUCAUCGGCCAAAUCCAACCCGAAGACGUUGUUUAAUAUGGGAGUGGCGUACGAAAGCGGUCGCUACUCGACCAAAGGCACCUUUGGUGAAUUCAUUCAACUCCUGGAACCAGUGGUACCGGUGCUGUGUAUCGCAUCCACUGCCAUGACUGGUGUGGUUGUCAUCGCAUGGAUCAGUGUUUUGUUGAGCGAACUCUUGGUUCGUGUAAAACCUCUUCACAUAAUUGUUGCUUUGGAUUGA